AUGACCUCACAUGCUAAUGCUGACAAAAAGACACUCUAUUCUAAUCUAUCGAUAAGCGGUAUCAUCAUCAUCAUAAUAUCCUCGCCUCAACGUCCAUCUGCAGCCCGGAUGAUAAGGUUGGCUAUAGUAGCCAAAGUUUGGACCUGGUUGGAGGAGCUGUUUGGAGGCAUAUUUUUGGGGUUUAUAGCCUGCCCCAGGUUUAAGUUCAUGGAAAGGGUUUGCUCUUGGGUCUCAAUUCAGAAACAAAUCAAUAAGUUUGGUAUCUGUCCUCAGAAGCGGCAGAACAAUACCUACACUGCGUUUACGCCGCAGUAUGGUGACAUUAUACCGGAGACUGAGUGGACUAUUCCCAUUGUUGCAGACUCAAGGAUUAGAAAGCAGCAUCUGAGAAGAGACACCGCAGUUUAA